AUGGAGCAAGUCAAUGAGACCUCAGUGAGGGAGUUUGUCUUCCUCGGCUUCUCCUCUCUGGCCGGGCUGCAGCGAUUACUCUUCGUUGUCUUCCUGCUCGUCUACCUGUUCACUCUGGGCACCAAUGCCAUUAUCAUUUCCACCAUUGUGCUGGACAGAGCCCUUCACACCCCCAUGUACUUCUUCCUUGCUGUUCUCUCUUGCUCUGAGACAUGCUACACCUUUGUCAUUGUACCCAAAAUGCUGGUUGAUCUUCUGGCUCAGAAGAAAAUCAUCACCUUCCUGGGCUGUGCUAUCCAGAUGUUUACUUUUCUCUUCCUUGGCUGCUCUCACUCUUUCCUGCUGGCAGCCAUGGGCUAUGAUCGCUACGUGGCCAUCUGUAACCCUCUGCGCUACGCCCUGAUCAUGGGGCCUGGGGUGUGUGGGGGACUAGUGGCUGUCGCUUGUGCCUGUGGCUUCACUGUUGCACAGAUCAUUACCUCCCUGGUAUUUCGUCUGCCCUUUCACUACUCCAACCAACUCCAUCACUUCUUCUGUGACAUCUCUCCUGUCCUCAAGCUGGCAUCUCAUCAUACCCACUUUAAUCAGAUUGUCAUCUUCAUGCUUUGUUCACUGGUCUUAGUUAUUCCCCUGUCAUUGAUCUUGGUAUCAUACAUUCGCAUCAUCUCUGCCAUACUUCAAUUUCCUUCCACAGUGGGCAAGUACAAAGCUUUUUCCACCUGUGCUUCUCACCUCAUUGUUGUCACUGUCCACUAUGGCUGUGCCUCCUUUAUCUACCUGAGGCCUAAAUCCAACUACUCCUCAAGUCAGGAUGCUCUUAUAUCAGUCUCCUACACAAUCCUAACUCCAUUGUUCAAUCCAAUGAUUUACACCUUGAGAAAUAAAGAGUUCAAAUCAGCUCUUCAUAGAGUCGUGGGAAAAACAAUUUCCCAACCACAAAGUUAA